AUGUCUUCUGAUACAACAUCCAGCAAGAUAUUAACUGAUGACUAUUGCAAAUGGCAUGCUAAUUUAGUUGAUUUACCAAGUUCUCAGACAGAUAAAAUUCGUUCUAGAUUAUAUAAAGCAUAUAUGGAAGAGACUGGACUCGAUCCUUGGAUAAAGUCUGAAACUUUUGAAUCCUCACAAAUCAAUGAAGUUAGCACGACCAAAAAGGAUGCCAAUAAUUAUAUCUCACAAGAUUGCAUUAUUAAAAUUUCCAAGUUUCCAGAAGAGAAAGAUGUAAUUAUUGAAGCAGUGCAAAAACGAUUUCCUUUCUUGAAAUAUAUUAAAUCGAAUGCAUGGCACCGGGAUGUUUUUAAAUAUACCGAUUCAGAAGCUAAAUGCCCAGUAUGCAAAGAGGUACAUACACGUCGAGGUAUAUGGGGCGAUUGGAGCUUAAGUGUACCAAACAAAACCCGCCUUUAUCAGCCAGAGGCAGGCUUACGCCAAUAUGUCAUCGAGCAUAAAAUGGAUCCCGAGAAAUUUUCAGUUAUUACAGAAGCUGAGAAAAAUAGGUGGACCAUGGGAUGUUUUCGUGGGGAUUUGGAAAGAGAUAUACGCUUUUAUCGCGGUGGAAUAGAAAGUAAAGAAGACCCUAGAAAAUAUCGUGAAUUUUUAACAGAUCGGGAGAGGCUGGUCGGUGAAGAGUUAUUACGUCGCAGUAUGGUAAAGAGCGGUUUAAGUACUGCAUGGCUCGAUGAUCUUAUGAAAGAAUGGGAAAAAACUUAUAAUCGAUUCGUACAAGUUUUUAGCCAGGCCUAG